AUGCUCGAUGAAAUACUAUUGGCAACCAGGACAAUCAGCUGCAUGCACUAAGACGCCGCGCUGUUUUUUAUCGCCAGUUUUUCAUCGUUUGUCCACUAGAAUAGUAGCAAUAGAGAUAUGAGCAUUGGUUUCGAGUAACAUGAAUUGAUGCAUUCUAAAGCCAUACAGCUAUGAUGAACGGGGACUUUCAAAGGCCAGGUACAUCGGCAACAUACACAAUGGACGACUCUGAUGAGGAAGACAUUAAUAUUCCUGACAGAAGGGGCCAAGGGGACCAGACGUCGAUGAGGAGGCCUAAAACUGCCAAACAGACGUUCCUGACCCAGAGUCAACGGACGAAGAAGCGAAGUGCCAGUUCCAGAGAGAGAGCCCAUCGGUCGCUGGAAGAGAGGCCUCCCUGGGUGCAGCCAUCUGUUCGCGGGGCCGUGCCCACCCCCGACCUGACGGUGACACACAUCAACCAGACCCACGACAGGGUGAGGGCCCGAGACAUGGCGGCCAUGUUUAACGAGGGUCAGACCUCUACCGAUUGGCUGAAGAAUCACAGCAUUGAGCACUUCAGCCUAACCCUCAAGGACUUGCUCAGCAAAGGCCAGAUCGUCAGACCUAAGAACAACCACAACCAGCGCUCCGAUGGCCCGCCAAGAGAGCUCCAGUUUGAGGCCAGCAUCGUCAACGCGUUUGAGUACAAGCUGUACGAGAGCAUCGAGAUGUACCACAACCGCAUCCGCUGGCUUUUGAAGGGCAGCAAGAAGACAUUUGGCAUGAUCAAGGGGAACAAGGUAGCCCUGGUCCUCGACAGCUCCGACUCCAACUGCGGCUUUGGUCGGAUCAGCCACUUCAGAGAGUCGUUAACGGAAUUGAUUGACGAGCAGCUACACAACCGGGAGAUGUUGUACCUGAUGUCAUUUGGCACAGAGACGGAUGAGUUGUGGCAUACACCGAGAUACACCAACGUCAGGAUCCUGGAUGAAGCACGCUAUUGGGUUAACAGCCUAUCAGGCAUAGGGGGCUGCAACCUGUUAGCCGCCCUCAAGAAAGCCCUUAAGGUCAAGGACAUCGACUCUAUUGUUCUGGUCUUAGGAAGCUGUCCCGAUCAGAACGCAGAAGUUCUGGUGGAGUACAUUGAGCAGUUCACCGCAGGACGGCAGGUCCCACUGCACUGUGUGGCGUUUGACUGUAAUAACCAUCUCACUAAUUUGACACUACGCAAGCUGGCUGAUAUUUCGGGUGGCCGGUAUCACGUCUAUGCCUCAGGCUCAGAGGAGCAAAUCUACACGGGCACAGACAUCACCAUGCUCUUGAGGGAGAUCAGAAUAGCCCAGGACGUCAUCAACAAGAUACAGGAAAUGAGGCAAGGCAUGAUGGGAGAUGCCCUCAUCAGCAUACUCAACGAGAUAUCCCUGGAGGUUCAGAAGCUGCCGCAGUCGCGGUUUCUACCCAGGCCCCCCAACCACGCCGGCCCUCUGGUCCUGGAAGAGCCCAGCUUCCUGCCGAAGACAUCCGAGGAGUGGCUGCAACAGAAUGGCCUCAAAGGGAAAAGGCUGUCCUUGUACCAGGUCUUGGCUCCAAAUGCGUUCAACCAAAUUGAAGAGUUCAUUCCUAUCAUUAGGAAGUCUGUCAGGUCACAGACUCACGAGAAAGCAAUGACCCAGUUUGAGUGGCACGACGGAACCAUCAAGAACGUCCACGUGGACCCGGCGCUGCUCUUUGACUACCAGAAGCAGCUGGGCGCCACCGUCAAGCUGUACGAGAGAAGAGUAGACUGGCUCUCUAAGAGCAGUCGGAGGCUGUUUGGUACCCUGACUGAAAAGAGAAUUGUGAUUCUGGUAGACCUGUCUCUGAGCAAUGCCAACUACCUGGUCCACAUACAGCACUCGCUGCGCCUGCUGCUUCAGGAGCAGCUGCUCAGUAAAGAAGCUUUCAACCUCAUCGGCUUCAGCAGCACGGCGCGCGCCUGGAGACCCUUCAUGCACGAGCCCACCGAGCAGAACCUGCAAAUGGCAUGGAAAUGGGUGCUUGGUCUGGAGUGCGGAGGCAGUCGGAAUUUCCUCUCGGCCCUGCGGCUGGCCUUGGAGAACGAGGAAGACCGCAAACGCAAUUUGAGUGACUGUGGAUGGCGUUACCUGUUCACCAGUGGCAUCCCAGACCAGCUGCCCGAGGUCAUCUGCUCCUUCAUGGAGGAGGCCACCAUCGGUCAGGCUACCCGCCUCCACGCCGUCCUCUUCAACGUGGAUGACUAUGACAGCCGGGGUGCCAUCCCGGGCCGCUACGCCAACAUUACGCGGACGGCCGAGUGCCUGCGCACGCUGGCCCACGUCACCGGCGGCCGGUUCCACUGGUUCCGGGAGACAGGCAUCAUCGAGAGCGACGACAUCCGGUCCAUCCUGAGCGAGAUGGACAAGGCUGUCAAUUAUUCCCAGAAGUGUGCAAUGCUUGUGGACUCGGUGAAGAAAAGAUCCCCAAAGUAUCAGGCAGAGUUGACGAAUGGCUCAUCGGAUGACCAGCCCAAGAUGCUUCCCAUGAGGCCCAGCUCGGCCAAGAAAAGGGCCCUGCCUGCCCCCAAGCACACUGAGCUCAGCCUGGCGAGGCUGCAAAUCACAGAGACCAAGGACAAAGAUGACAGUAAGUCCCUCCCCCGAAGCAGGCCCUCUAGUGCCAAGAAAGACCCCAGCAAACUGGAUUCUAACAGGCUGGCCACAGAGAAGGAUCGCAAGACCAAGCGGCCCGGCAGUGCUCACAAGGCCAAGCCAACCAAGCAGGUCUUCUACACCGAGUUCAAGAACGAAGUGGGGACUGUAUUUAAGCAGUACCCAGACAUCCUCGGCAAGAAGAAGGCCGUGAGGAAGGCCAUCAACCAUCCUGUCAUCCCCGACAGGGAGGAACUCAAGACAACCAAGGAGUGGCUGAAGAUGUACGGUCUGGGCAAGUUACGGCUGGACCUGAACAAGCUGGUGUCGGGACCGGAAUGCACCCAUGCAAAGCGUCACAUCGGAACCCUCAACAAAUCGGUCACAGCAAAAUACUGCACAAUAUUCCCAAGUGUCAAUAUCAAGGGAACUGUGCGGCAUCUCCAGAUCCAAGCCCACGAACUGGAAGACUACGAGAAGCAGAUCGAGCUGGUACUCCGCAGGUACCUUCGCAGACUGCAGUGGCUCCUGGGGGCCAGCCGACGGACCUUCGGUGCGGUGGUGGAGAAAAAGGUGACAGUGCUUGUGGAUACGUCGGGGUCUAUGGUGUCUCACAUGGAUGAACUGAAACAGGAGCUGGUAGCCCUUGUAUGGGACCAAUUCCAGCGAGAGAACAUCAGCUUCAACAUCAUCCGUUUCUCGGGCGACAUCGAGCCGUGGAGGAACAGCCUGGUGGAACCGACUGAAAUCAACUGCCACGAUGCUGUACGCUGGAUCUCGACCUUUGUCCCCGCUGGAAACACUUGCACGCUAGAAGCUCUCCUGCAUGCAUUCAAAGACAAGGAAGUCCAGGCCAUGUACUUGCUUACAGAUGGCAAACCGGACAGCAGCACAGCGAGGGUCCUGAGGGAGGUGGCUCAGGUCAACACGAUCAGGGGCGUCAAGAUCCACACCAUCUCAUUCAACUGCGAAGAUGAGACUGCCAACAUCUUCCUGCGGCAGCUGGCAGCCAUGUGUCGCAGUCGCUACCAUCGCUGCUUCGCUGGAAUGGACGGCGACCUGAUGGCCCACAAGCUGCUAGACGAAGGCUUCAAAGAUAUCGACCAUCCUGUGUUGCCGACCUUCGACAGCGAUGACCUGAAGCGGUUGGUUGACGAGAUCGAGCAGGCCAGGCACUUCCUGUCGCAGUCCCGAUCCUUCAGACAGCUGUUUGGCACAACCGCAAAACCUCACGAGAAAAACAUGUCUGCUCGACACAUCCCUGCCAACCACGUCAGGCCACCAGUGUCCGCAGGAGCCACAUGAACGAUGAGUAGAGCUCUCCAGCACUGCUCAGAGGACCAAAAGACUGCAGAGAGAUUUGUUUUGUCAACCCACGAAUGAGACUACACAGCUUACUGCCAGAAUCAGGACCCGAUAUCACAGUGGUACUAAAUGGUUAUUUAAAGUCACGCUCACCCCAGCAGAAAAUCAUGUCGCUGCUGAAGUAGUAUUUCACAGAUUUGUUAUAGUCACGUGCUCCUGGAGAUUUUUAUUAUCAUUUGACUGAUUUAAACAGCUUUCCCCUUUGGGAUUGAGCGAGCUUUUGCUGUGCUUACUGCUCAACAGUCUCCAUGAAAUAGAUGGGUCUUUAAGUACAAAAAUCGACUGUUAACACAGCAGUGCUGUGAAAUGUUACCAAAAGUUUGGCUUAGCGACUCCAAACCCGCUCCCCAUUUGAAAUAUGUCCAAAACAGCAAUUGGUAACAUCAGACUGAAGCCUCAAAAUCCUCGUCCUUCUUUCGUUUCUGAAAUUUUGCCAUAAACUCUAGCUUCCCACCGUAGCUUGCUGUUAAAACGUACCAGCUAAAAACAAGAUCUUUCAUUCUCUGAUCUAUCACUCUGAAAUAAGCUUUAUGUGUUUUCAGUGUUUCAAAAAGAAAUAAGAGGUUUCAGUAAAGUCAUGUGCAAAAUGUUUUUUAUCAAAUUUUACAAUAACACUGGUGGGUAAUCCUCUGUUUGGCUGAAUUUGGGGGCACGGAUGUCUGAGCCUCCAGACGAAUCUUGAAAAGAGCAUUUCAGCUAAUCACACUCUGACAUUCCAUGGUGCCAGACGAAAUUAAGGGUCAAACCUUGAUUUGUGAAAUUUAAAGAAAGGAAAAAGUCGAGACUUUCAAGUGAUACCAGUGGCUGAAAAUCUAGUCAUAUUACUGAUUGGAGAAAAAUGCACAUUAAUAUUCAAAUCAUGGCAUCGUUGAUUCAGCCCACAUUGUAGUACAUGUGAGGCCCCUUCUUCCUCAGAAUGACGGAUCAUCCAAAUUGUAAUAGAAAAGUUAAUAUUCAGAUUUUUGUUUAUUUGUGAGGCUGUAUUCAAAUUAAAAAGUAUUAUAUCUAUUUCUUUAGAUUGUUGUAAAUAGGUUUUAUUAAUUGUAAAUUCUUUACACUAAGGUAAGAUUUUAUGAAACGUGAUCUAGCUGCAAGCUUCUGAUUGUAUCAUAUUUAGCGUGAUUUUUUUUUUUUUUGAUUUUUCUUUUUUUUUUGUUAAAAAUUUACUCAAAUCAAUAGAAAGCUUGCAUAGUGCUGGUGCAAUACAACUUUUUUUGUGAGCUGUCAGAAGAAACAAUGCUAGUUGCUCAGAAAAGUCCAAGUGAGUUCAGCAGAGCAUUUGUGUCUGUCAUAGAAACUGAAUGGUAACUGGGUUCAUGAUGACGACUUAGUCCAUUUUUGGUAUUUUCCAUUUCAAGUGACUGGCUUUUACAUUUAAGCUCUGAAAGAGGGGGGGGGGGGAAAUCAGCCCCCAGCCUUUUUUUUUCUGAUAUCACCCCAGUACAUUGUUGGUAUAAUCCAAUCCAUCAGGAGCUUUUCAGUAACUCGUUGCAAUCAUUUUUACACCAAGUUUGUUAAAAUUUAACAUACCAUUCUCGCCAGGUUAGCCCAAAAUGUAAGCCUUGGCUUUCAGCUGCAGUGCUCAGUGUACGCAAACUUGCAUGUGUGUGGCCGAGGACUGUUUUUACAUGCAUGUCAAGUGUUUAAAAAAUUGGGCAUGGGACAGCUGAGUUGUUGUGGGGUGGGGUUGGAGUCUGCACAUGUCCCCCCCCCUCCCCGCUGCGGGAUGGUCCAAAAAACUUGCUCUGUUAGGGUUAAGAACAGACAUACUGGACAGUGCCAGAUGCAGGUUUUGUACCCAGGGAGGGGGGAAAUGGGAUUUUGAAACCUCUUUAGAGAAGGGUGAUAAUGGUACCAUGUCUACGGUUUUUGCACUUUCAAUAGAAAAUAAAACUUCUCUGAAAGAAGUGGUAUGGUGCCCAACCUCCUGGAUAUGCCACUGUCAUUGAACAAAUACUUAGGAACCCAUUCAAAAACUUGAUUUAGCCUCAUUGUGAUGACUUUUGUGCUUUGUUUUACAAAAUAAACUUGUCAAAUUGCGGUUGAGUAAGUCUGUCUAAGGCUUGUAAUUCGGCCAUGAUAAAUGAUAUUUUCAGGGACAAGUAUUUAAUUCAUAGCUUUAAUCAGUUGCUAGCAAACAUUUAAAUAUUUCAAAUUACAUGUACUGUAUUAUA